CCGCAUUGUAUAAGGAGCUUCGUCUGGCACCGAUCCACGAGCUUAAAGCUUUGAAUGUGAAGAGCCUGCUCACGAGAAUCCUGAAUAGACCCCUUGCUUUGAUUUAGCUCCAGUCAAACUCACCUGAAAGCGAGCCCACUAUGGAUGUGCAGAAACUCUUCGAUGUGAAGGGGAAAGUCGUGCUGAUCACCGGCGGUGCCAAAGGUAUCGGCCGCAUGAUCUCCGAGGGAUAUGUCACGAAUGGCGCCACCGUCUACAUUUCUUCGCGAGAUGCCAAGGCCUGCGAGAAGGCCGCCAGCGAGCUCAAUGCGCUCGGCAAGGGUCAAGCCUAUGCCAUUCCCGCCAACUUCUACCAGGAGGAAGAUAUCAAGAAAUUGGCUGAAGAGCUUACGAAGCGAGAGAGCAAGCUCCAUAUCCUGGUCAACAACUCCGGAUCGAACUGGGGUGCUCCUUAUGAUGAGUACCCGUCUUCCGCCUGGACGCGGGUUCUUACCCUCAAUCUUCACAGAGUCUUCGACCUCACCAAGCUCCUCACGCCGCUCUUGGAGAAGGCUGCUGCGCCUGGCGAUCCGGCUCGGGUCAUCAACAUCGGCAGUAUCGAUGGGCUGAGGGUUCCGGCGCUGGAGACCUUUGCAUACAGUGCUAGUAAAGCCGGUCUACACCAUCUGAGCCGGGUCUUGGCUAGUCAUCUUGGAAGGAGGAAUAUCACAUCGAACACUCUGGCCUGUGGCCCCUUCCAGAGUAAGAUGAUGGCCGCCACCUUGGAGGCGCAUCGGGAGACCAUUGAAGGGAAUAUUCCGUUAGGUCGUAUCGGAACCCCUGAAGAUGUGGCAGGAGCUUGCCUGUUCUUGGGUAGCCGGGCGGGCGCAUAUGUCAAUGGAGCUACUAUCACUGUUGAUGGUGGUAGUGCUGUUGCGUCUAAGCUGUAAAUACUGCGGAGUGCUACCAAAGAUUUAAAGCAUGCGGAGCCACAAUGCGCAGCCGAUUCGGGAAAUAUUCCAAAUGAAGGGUCAUAAGUGCUAGAUACAACUCACGAACAAGGUUUUUUUGUCUUUUUUUCUUUUUCUUUUUUUUUCUCUCUUCUCCCAGAUCCCGAACUGGUGGAAAAUGUCGGUUUCAAUAGCUUAUAUCUUGAUGCGCCACUCUGUUGGGCUAGUACUUCCCAGCAUCACCUGAU